GGCGCGUUCAGUCUCUGCUGGGGACGUCAUAGCACGAGCAUGGGGUUCGAAUACGCCCCGGGAAACGGAUUUGACUUAUUACUCCGAGUUUAAUAAAAUUCAAUUGCAAACAUCACCGCGCUAGUAUUAAUCGUUAUUUUAAAGGGAGUUGUACGCGAAUAAAAAAAAUUGUUUAAAAUCUUCUGUGAUUUCAUUGUGUUCAUUUCUUUCAUCUAAAAUUGACAAUUCAAAGUUUGAAUAAGAGAUAUUUUUAAUAAUGAGGGGACAAUUAGUGCACUCAAGCCACAUUGUAAAAAUGAUUUUUGUUGAAAAAAAAUAUUACGAAUAAAUUGACGAGCCUCUUAAAUCAUAACACCAUCAUAACUGGUGGAAAACUUUGUUUUAAUUUUUAAACAUUUCAAACAAACUCAUUUUAUUUGUAAACAAAAUACUUGAGCUUCUUCUGAAUUGUUCUUACAUUUAGACUGUAUCAUUGAUCUACAGUAGACAUUAACGACCAAAUAUCAGGACAUCAUCCAAAAGUUAGCGCAUCAAAUUUCGCUUUCCGUAUCAAUGAAUGAAUAAAUCAACAACAUCGAUUAAGCAAAUACUAGUGUCUCUGUGCAUCGGAAGAAACCAGGGUCCGAGAUUCUUAAAUUUACAAGCACUGGAUUAUUCUUAGAGUUUCGAAAAUGUCGGUGCUACUCGAGGCCAGGCCCUACAGGCCUUUCAAAUCGUCCGAAGAGUACCUUGUCGCUAUGAAAGAAGACUUGGCCGAAUGGUUAAACGCUCUUUAUCCAGAGCUGAGAGUCAGCUUAGAUAAUUUCAUGGACAGGCUAGACACCGGUGUUGCUCUUUGCAAGCAUGCCAACAACGUGCGCAAGUCAGCAUCGGACUACGUGGUGAGGCGCCAGGCGCGUAAAUUAAUGACGCGCUCGAUGACGUCCUCGUUGGCUGUGCCAAUGAGCAAUUUAAGCGACGUCGCUUUUUUACCGAACGCCAAAGCCGGGACUUUUUUCGCCAGGGAUAACGUCUCGAAUUUUAUCUCGUGGUGCAGAAACAGUCUCGGUAUAAUAGAGUGCCUUCUCUUCGAGACGGACGAUUUGAUAAUGCGAAAAAACGAACGACACGUUAUCCUAUGCCUUCUGGAAGUCGCUAGACGCGGUGCGAAGUUCGGCAUGCUAGCUCCCAUGCUGGUGCAAAUGGAGAGACAGAUAGACAGGGAAAUAGCUGCCGAAAACAAGGCGGCCAACGUCGCCAACGGAGCCAAUAACGAAGAGAGCGACGACGACGACGACGAUUACGAGGAAAUGCACGAGGAACAACCCUGUCUCAUUUACGGACCACAACCGCAGAUCGUUACCAACGAUCUCAAGAGUCUGGACGAGAUGGUCCGGGAUUUGGUGGAAAGAUGUAACUGUCCGACUCAGUUCCCGAUGAUCCGAGUCUCCGAGGGAAAGUACCGCAUAGGAGAUACGAAGGUGUUGAUAUUCGUCAGAAUACUCCGUAACCACGUAAUGGUUAGGGUCGGAGGUGGCUGGGACACGCUGAGCCAUUACCUGGACAAGCACGACCCCUGCCGUUGCCGCAGUUCGCAUCGUUCAACGAUUUCGGCAAAAUUGAUACAAAAGGCAGGCGGAUCCUUUGAUCUCGGUAGCGCGCAGGUGCACUACGAACGAUCACCUCCGAGAACACGUCGCAGCUCCGCGUCGAGCGUUGGCUCCUGUGCCGGAGCAGCGAUGCAGAAUCAAAGUCCACAGCAUCAGCAGCAGCAACAGCAGCAGCAGCAGCAGCAAAUGUCCUUGCAGAACAACAGAACGGUCUCUUCCCCCAACAACCGUCCGCAAUCGCCCACUCCUUACCAAGUGAACAGACACCUAGGCGAUGAAUUGAGAAGGUCCAACAGAUCCAGGAGUCCAACUCCCCAGAGAAAGUUUUUGGCCAGUCCCGGACACCUUGGAGGAGAAUUGAACAAGCAAAGAUCGAGAUCCCCGACGCCGAAGAGGAGCCCCAGGUCCAGGAGUCCGACCCCGAGGGUCGACGGCGCACAAUUCGGAUCCUCGGGACCGGGAGGUUCCGCUCUGGAUCCCACCAGGAAGGCCCUCAACGAGGAGAUCAGACAAAUCAAGUACGACGGACGCUCCCAGAUGUAUCACAGCAGAAAUCAGGACAGCUAUCAGGAUCCUAAGAAAGAUCUGCAUCAGGAGAUUCGCGCGACCGUGCCGCUUUCGGAGGAGUUUUCGAAGCGAUACAUAGUGGAAGGUGGCGUAGCGCGACGAGCUUCGUCGCAGGACGACACCCCUAGGUACGAGCCGUCGAUAUUCAACUACAAAUGCCACGAUGAUUCCUCGAGCAGGAGUCCGACCCCCAGUCCCCCGGCGAUCAAGGAAGAAACGAGCGAGAGUUUCGCCAAGGAGGUGGUGCGAUACGCGAAGUCGCCCCAGGGCGACGGCGAACAUUCCGACAAUGGAAGUGAAGUUUCCGACGAGGGUUACAGGAGUCUAGGAGCCGUGCAACCGACGACGGUUACUUCUACCUCCACCUCGACUACUUCCGGUUGCAGCACGCAGUCGUCGCCUACGGUUGUUGACUAUCAAAAGCAACCCAUCGCGGAAAAAUCUUGCGUGGAAACCGAAACGAUCGAAACCGGACUUCGGAAGACCAGAAUCGGCCCGCCGAGUCCGCUGAGAGCGUCCCCAGCCCGAAGCGUGAAUUCAUCGACCGGGGAUCGAACUCCUCGAGCAGGAUCUAUAGUGAGAGAGAACAGCAAUUUAUCCAGAGCUUCGUCCGGGAGCAGGACUCCCAGAGAAGGAAAUUCCAGUCCCGAAGGCAGUCCGCUCAAGAGAUCGGGCACUGGAAUAGCGAGAAGUAGCAUCAGAAAACCGCCGACCGGUAGCUUGAGCAAGGCUUCCGGCGUACCGAGACUGAGUCAGUUGAACCUCCAGGCCGGAAGUAACACGUGGAAUGGAAGACAGACGAGACAAAGACCGAGUAUUCAAGCGGACACAUUCGCGGCACCGGCUCCUAGCCAACAACAUCAACAGCAGGUAAAUGUUAACGGUAUAAAUAACCAGGGUGCGACCUUCUCGAGAAAAAGUCCCGGAAGGCAGAGUCUUCCGCGUCCCGCGGGUGGCGGAAACGGACCACAGUACGACAGAAACGGACGUAGAAUAAAACCUUCGUCCGCUUCGCUUCAGUCGUCCCCGACGAAAGUUGCGAAUCCUCUUUUGGAACAGAUUCUGCAGAAGGUAGGUCACCUUCAGGACGACAAACAGGUCGUGCAAAAGCUUCAGGAUUUCCUUAGGGAUUACCAAGGUAACGGUAGCGGCGAAACAACGGAGACCGAUGGUAACGCUCUCGAUUUUACGAAAGCUUGGGUAGACGGUAACGGAACCGUUGCCUUACCUCAGGAUGUUCAAGUGGUGGCGACUCCGAGAAAAGACCCUAAAGCUGCAUCCGAACGCGGUGGUUUUUCUAGAAUACCUGCCCCCGUUUACAAAAGGCCGAUGUCCGUUGCGUCGGAUAGUAUUUGAAAAGUAAAACGGUUAAGGAAAUAUUUUUAAAUAAAAGUGAAGAGCCAUCGAUACCAAUGAGAUUUCGCAUGAUCGCAUGAUGCAUAACGUUGAUUUGGACGAUUUUCGUCAUUUGGCUUGAUAACGAUAAUUAUGAAUGCUUGAGAGAGAGAGAGAGAGAGUGAGAGUGAGAGAAUCGUUGAACGUGUUUUCCGUCUUUUGUUGCGGUUUCUAUAUGAAUUGGUUUCCUUGUAAUUGAUGAAUCAUUAUUAAUUAUUAGGUGCCUUUCGUUGUUGGGAAUUAGAUGGAAUUGAGUUUUUACCGCUGUUCGCUUACCGAACGGUUUACGAUCGAAUAUUACAUUUGCAAAUUAUUUAUUUAUAUAGUCUAUCGUUUGUAUUUAUUGAACAAAAAAGAACAAUUUAUUUACGUGUUGUGACGUUCUGCUUUGCCCACGCUAGGAGAAAACGAAAAAUAAUAUGUAGCUAUAGGAAGAACUUUGUAAUAAGCGCAGAAAAAAAAAAAAAAAAAAAAAAACUAAUAAUGUGAGGUAAGAGGCGGAGAAAAAAAAAACAGUAACAAUAAUUAAAGAAGACAAAAAAUUGACAAAAUAUAUUGUAGAAAAGAAUACGGAGACGAAGAAGAAUGAAAGAGAGAAAAAAAGUAAAGAGGAAAAAAAUCGAAAAAAAUCCGACAACUCAAAUAGACUGGAUAGAUAGCGUAUCAUCAGAGUACCAUUCCAAUAUUUAAAUGUUUUUUAUACCAAAAGUAACCGUAGAUUGAAUAAAAUGAGAGAGAAAGAGAGUAAAAAUAAUUAUCCUUUUGUACCAAGUGUCUUAUUAUAUAGUGUGAGGGAUUAGGAGCGGACUUUUUUCGACGUGAAGGUCCUUUUAAAACUAUACGUGCUAAGUAAGAUUAUUUUAAUCAUAACUAAAGGGACGAAGAAGAGCAAAAAAACAAAAAAAAAUAAAAUAAAAUGGAUGAGAAAAAAAAAUAAGAUAAAUGAAAGCAAACCAGGAACAUAAUUAAAGGAAGCAUCAGGAUCUGAAAUAGUUCAUACAAUGACCAAAUGAUAUCGCUAUUGCGGAUCUCCCGCAUAGGUGAUAAAUUAAACGCCGAAACUUGUCUUUUGAUCGAUUGAUUCCGUUGACUCGUUGGACGCGUCGCGUUCAGCCGUCAACAGAAAUCACCGCUUUCAAUCGGACUUCGAAUGUUGUAAGUUCAGUUUUGACUCAACUCGGCAUCAGAGAUAGUCGCUUUAUAUUUACAGUCGUUUUAUCCGAACCUCAAAACUUGCCUCUAUAUGCAUUUAGAAGUCGAAUCACCGAUUGAAGAAAAAUAUAUGAAUUAACAAAAACAAGAAGAGUAGAAAAAAAAAAUGAGAUAUCCAAAUAAAAUAAUCGAAUAAUGUAAUUCUUCUACCAUAUGAACGAGGUGCAGAUUUUAGAAAGUUUGUAUACGUGCACAUAAAUAUUCGAAGUUUAUUUGUUGAGUUUAGAAAAAGAAACAAGAUAAUAAUGAUAAUAGUAAUAGUAAUGAAAAUGAUGAUCGGUUGAUUUGUAAUGGCGAUACAGGUAUACGUAAUGAUGGUGAAUUUUAGUAAAAUUAUACAAGGCGUAAUAAUCCAAACCGCCAUAGCCCAACCAUACGAGUCGUAGUUAUUUCAUUUAUUAUUAUUAUUAUUAUUGUUAAUACUAUCGUUAUUAUUAUUAUAUAAUUGUUUUACGCCUGUUCGUUAAUAUUAUAAUUAUCAUAAUUAUAAUUAAAUAGGCCUAAGUUUUGUAUAACCCUGCAAUAGCAGUCUACCACGUUAUUGAAUUAUAUUAUUAUAUACAUUAUCUAUGCUACGUUAUGUUAUUAUUUUAGUUUAUAUAUAUAUGAAAAAAACCAAUAAAAAAAUUGAG